AUGGCUGGAUAUCGCUUGUAUGGGAAGCAUGAGGUGAAGGGAUCUAAUUCUCAGAACCAACGCAGAUUUAUCGCUUUCUUCGUACUCGGAACAUGUUGUCGAGACAGGAUUUUGAAAGUUGUGAAAGAGGAUGAACGGCGUAAUCUUGUGCAUUGUGUUAAAAAUUCAUACAAGCCUGUGGUCAUACUGUAUUAUACAUACAUUGGAGAAUCACAAUUGACAUUUUAUGUCACCACUCCUGUGUUUCUGAAUCGCACUUUGAGCUACAUGAAACAACGUAUGUCUCGUACCCACAAGCAUCGAAAAGGCUUCAGUGUAGAUUGUUUGAUGGAACGUCUUGUAAAGAAGAACAGAGAACUGCAACCAGAAACAUUAGGAGGUUACAUGACUUUAACAUUUCUUGGAUUUUAUGACAAACGAAUUGAAACGCACCAAGAACCUGUGAAAGUGGAGACUCUUCUUCUAAAAAUAUGUCACAAAAAGAGGAAAGAUGUUUCAUCACCAUUCAUGCAGGUAUCUGUUGGCACAAGUGAAGUACCUAUUAAUCCUUCUGAAGAUCACCCACCACCAAAGGCUCCUACCAUUUCAAUACCAACAGAAUCAUUUAGUUUAUCAAAUGGGCACUUAGUCAAGUCAUAUGUUCUUCUUCUUCGUGUUACUUGCACAUCUUCAGGAAGUCUAUCUGCAAAUGCUGAUGUGGACACAGAACCUGCACAAAAACGUCGCAAGUCAUCAGGUCCACAAAAGGGUCAGGUUGAUGAAGUAAAAUUAUAUGGUUCUGAACUUGUCGUGUAUGACAAGCAUAAUCGCUGUUUAUUAACUGAUGGUGAUUAUGACUUGGUUCUGCAAGAGGUUCAGACAACUAUCCGUGGAUCACCAAAAAAGCAUUCUUCUUGGGAAACAAUUGGUGAUAUCAAGGAUGAAUGUGGCCCAUUUGAGGUGUUCAGUAAAGGUCCAACAUUAAAAUUUCAUCUUAGUUGGACUACAGAGCCUAGUAAUGGCCUUGUUGAUCGUCCAAAGCCUCUUCAAGCUGCUGAUCCUUUAGAUUCAAGUAGUAACAAGGAGAACCAUCCAGAGUUCUAUCCUUCCAACCAUGCUGUUACAGAACACAUAAUACCUAAAACUGAAGUUACCAGGUGCCUUGCAGAAGAACUAGGUAACCAAAAACCGAUUAUUAAAUCAGAAGAACCACGCUUGCAAAUUGUUUAUCAGUUUUUGUACAACAAUAAUAGUCGACAACAAACUGAAGCUUGUGAAGAUCUUACAUGCCCAUGGUGUUCUCUUGAUUGCGUCUCACUUUACGCACUUUUAAAGCAUCUGAAGUUAUGUCAUUCACGAUUCACCUUUACAUAUGUGCCUAUUCCUCAAGGAGCACGGAUAGAUGUAGCCAUUAAUGAAUGUUAUGAUGGUUCCUACACUGGCAGCCCACAUGAUCUCAUAUCGCAACCACCUGGAUUUGCUUUCUCUCGUAAUGGCCCUGUGCGUCGAACAUCGGUUUCCAACAUUUUGGUGUGUCGUCCAAAACGACCCAAACCUAGUUUGUCAGAAUUCUUGGAACUGGAUGAGAACGAGUAUGAUGGACAACGACCAUACAUCACUGGGCAUAAUAGAUUAUAUCAUCAUACAACCACUUGUUUGCCAAUAUAUCCAAAGGAGAUGGAUAUAGAUUCUGAAGGAGAACAUGACCCCAAGUGGCUCCAAACAAAAACAAUGAUGAUGAUUGAUGAUUUCACUGAUGUAAAUGAGGGAGAGAAAGAACUAAUGAAAAUGUGGAAUCUGCACGUUAUGAAGCAUGGGUAUGUUGGUGAUUGCCAGAUUCCUCUUGCAUGCACCAUGUUCUUGGAAUCAAAAGGAAAAGAGCUCCUAAUGAAGAAUUUGUACCGAAAUUUUGUUCUCCAUGUUUGUAGCUUAUUUGAUUUUGGUUUAGUCAGCCCUGUUACCUUAUACAAUACAAUUCAGAAAUUGCAGGAUCUUAUAACUGAUAAUGCUGAUGUGCGUGAUGUUCUCCACGAGUCUUGGAAAAAACAAAAAGAUUCCUGGGGAUUUUCUAAUGGUUUAUUUCAAAGUCCCAGUUCACAAGAUGCCAAACCCACUGAAACUUCUCUGCGGCGAAAAAUGGCUGGACAAAACCUUUCUAAUGGUUUUCAGCCUCCUGACAAUAAAAAUCAUAUUAGUUUGUCUGGUAAUGUUUCUCCUAGUGAUCAUGGAUUGCGUAGGAAACUGAUAUGUGCUUCUAAUGAUGUGGAUUCAGAUCAUCAUGUGCGAUCAUCUCUAUUUGGGCAGCAGUCUCCACAGACUCAGUCAUAUUCUAUGGUAUCACAACAUAAUGAGGAAGACCAAGAUAGGAAGCAUUCACUAACAUGCGACGUAGUCAAAUCUCAGGUGUCUCAGAAUCACUGUAAUGGAGAUAAAGACUCUCUGACAACACAACUUUCACAGUCUCAGACAUUGGAAGGUGGGUUGAAAUGUACUUUCAAGAAAGAAGAAAAUCAAGGUGAAGAUGAGCAAAGAUCAACAUUCCAACAGCAGGUGAAACAAGAACAACAAAUACAAGAACAAUCUCAACAACUGAAGCACCAAACUACGAAUUCUAAUUUGCAACGUCAACAGCAACAAACAGAUACCCAAGAUUCAAACAACCAACAUACAUCCCAAAGUGGAGAAUCCACUCAGGGUUCACAUAGGCGAAAAUCAACUGGUAUUCAACUCCAAUCAUUGAAUGCCCAGUCUGCAUCACAUGGUAUUCAGAAUUCUUCUAAAAAUUUAAUUCUAAAUGGCAGUACCAAUUUGGUUCCUGAAAUAGGAUUAGCUACUGUACAAAGACGAAAAUCUGCCAAUAGUGUUCUUGCUACUACUUCGCAAAACAUUGCUGGAAAUGUAGUUUCUUCUGUUAAUGGAGUUGAUACUUUGAUGUCUCAGCCUCGGAGAAAGUCGUUAGGUCCAAACCAGGCAAAUGGAAAUCUUAACCAUUCCGAUUCGCUACCACCUCUUCGAAGGAAAUCAUUUAAUCAACAGUCAAAUGAAGUUAGUAUGGGGAAAAGCAUAUCAGAAAACAGACAACCCCUAAGUAGUUCUGUUAUGUCAGAGACCACAGCUGUUCAGCAUAGGCGUAAGUCAUCUAGUGCUCUGUCGGAUGCAAAUGUUUUACAUGUUCAUUCGACAAAAAAUGGUAGUUAACCUUGAGUUAUUGAAACCUCACUUUAUAUUAUGUAUUGGUUUUUAUUACACCUUUUCAAAAAUCCAAUUUAAUGGAUAAAUUCAGGUUUAUGUGUCAAAGGGAAUUAAAUUGCCCGCAUAAGCGAUACAUGUAAGAAUUGGAUUAGUAACAUUAUAAUAUAAUAAUUAUUCAUUUGUAUAUUAUGUCAUUGUAUUGUCUUUGUAUAUAAGGAAUUAAUUGGAAAUCUGUAUAGAACUGAACAAUUAAGUGAAAUUGAAUUGACAAAAAUUGUACAAUAUUCAUGGUAGAAAAUUGUUUUAAAGGAGAAGUAGACGAAUAAAUUAAAGAUCAGCGAUGCACAUCCAAUAUUCGUUUCCCCACUAAAUCAAUUUAAGAGUCUCAAAAUGUCUGUAUAAUACAUUGUUUUAUUUUUGAGAUGUGCAUCUCCUUUUUGUUUUUUGUUAGUUUUUUGUUUUUUCUAUAUUCAGUGUUAAUACUUAGUGCUAUGGAAAUUUGCUUUUUAGUUAUUUUAUAUUUAUAUAUUUUUUAAGUCAAGAAGAAUGCAUGAAUUUUAUAUAUUGUAUUUUAAUUUUUGUGAAAACGGUAUACAAUUUGACUGAAGUAUAAUAACAAAUAAGAAAGACUCUCAAUGGUCUGAAUAAAAUAUUUUAGUAUUUUUUUUUAAUUUUUUUUUUUAUCUUUUUGUUUUGUCCGUCAUUUGUCAUCAAGAACAAAAUAGUGUUCUGUAACAUGAUCUAUUACCUGUCUGAAAUUUUAGUUUUUUCACACAAAGCUGGAUGUAAUGAGGCUUAUAUUGAAAUACAGCGCAAGUCAAGUCACUAAUUCAAAUUUCAAAAUAAUCCUAAUAUAAGUGUGUGUAAUGGAGAUGGAAAUUCUUAUGUUUUUAUCAUGACUGAAUAUUCAGUAAUGAUGCUAGUAAAUAUCUUCUUAAUUACAAUUUGAUUUGAAAAAUUAGUUUAUAAAUAAGAAUUGGUGUUGUUUAGGUCAUUGAUAAAAUGUAUAUCAAGUUUUAUAACUACUUUAUAUGAAUACAAAUCGAUUUUCAAGGAUUGUUUUUUAAACCAGUGAACUUUGUAUGUCAACCAUUAGUUGUUUUUUUUUCCUCUCUUUUGUUUUGGUUGUAAAAAAAAUUAAAGGUGAAGUCAACAGAUUCAACUUCUCAAAUGACUAGAAAUCGCACUGUGUAUGAUAGCUCCCUAUUUAAUGAAUACCAAGAUCAAAGCUACAAUGGAGCUAUGAGGGUCUGGGCCAGUUAUCAGUAUCUUUAAUUGGAGAACCCGUUAUCUUCAUUUAAAUAUUUUUCUUUUGACUACCAAGUUAAUAAUAGUGGUCUAAUUGGAAGUAUUGUCGAAAUGUUAAUAUAAAAAUAGAUUAUUAGAGGUUAGAACUUAAAUUAAAUGUAUCAGCACUGAUGACAAGUGUAAAAGAAAAACUAGUUCUGAUUUUUCAGCUGAUUUAAAUAUUGUCAAUUUUUCAAUAAGGUAUUUUUUAUACACUG